UGAUUGAUUGAUUUUUUUAAGAAAGCCUUUCUUGCUCGCAGAGCGUUCAACAGUGCCGACUGCCUGUUAUAUAGGUGAUGUGUAGGUCUAGGCCAAUUGCUAUCGCAUGAUUUAUAACAUAAUGAUGACAACGGCAUUUAAUCUGCACAAAUUUUUCACCUUCCACUGCUCUGACAAGGAAUGGAAUUUUUUUUUGUUAAUUGAUCGCAGGAGCUCCAUAUGUGUUGUGUGUGCGCACGCUUGUAUGCGUGCGUGCGUGCACUGUUCACGUAGAUUUCGUUCACACCGCUGAUAUAAUGUUUUUUUUUUAAUAUUUCCUGUAUUUUUUCCUAUAAAAGUUGUUCCGCAAAGAAUGCGACAAUUCAAAAUCGUCGCCCUGUUUUCGUCCCUUUUUUUGUUGUUCAGCUUCUACAUUAACGCGGUCAAUGUAAUCAUUUCUAACCAACCAGCCCUAACCUGCACCUCGUCAAAAGACAAUUCGCUAACCUGACUGACCUUCACCGUUCUUCGUUUCGUGUCUUUUCACGCGCUCAAAAGAAGCUUAAACCGAAAUAGUAGCCGAGCGAUUACCCUCUCCCCCAACGCAGCCGCAGACAGUAUGCCCCAAUGCUCCGAGGGGCCGAGCGGCCCAGGAGGAGUCCACUGCAGUGAAACAGAGGGCGCGGGCAGCCGUUCGCCGGGUGACGUCACCGACAGAAGAAGUGACGACAGCAGAGUGGCCAACGACAGCGGAUGGACAAGCGAAGCUGGAGGAAGACGACGACGGAGGCUUCGAAGCGCCUCGAGGGGUUUCCACGGAAAGUGGCCCAGCUGCCGAAUGCAACACCUCCCUGUGCCGCCAACUGAGGGACUGGUUUGUCGAAACGGUGGUCAGCCAGGCGGACCCUUGCAAGAAGCGGAACACUUUCGUUUGUGACUCUUCGGUUACGUUUCCCAGCUUCCAUUCGGACUCUGCUGAGCGCUCGGCGGUCACGGAAGGAACCAGACAAAACGACUCAGCCAACGAACAGGAGAACUACGGGCCCGUCGGGGCGGAUGGCGACGAACUCAUGAAGUCCUGCGCAGAAUACUCGCGGAGUCCGAACGAGGGCGUGCUGGACGUUCUCUCUUUCCUGUCUCGCUUCAACCUCGACCUACGUCACAUGGCGGACGACCCGUCGGAGGACCCCUUGCAGCGCAUGGUGGAGCUCUCGCUCGAGUACGGUGUCGACGCACCGGUGGCCUUCUCCCGCAAGUACGACGUCAUCGGGGACCCCUCGGCGCCAUUUGUUGUCGAUAUCACGCUAAACCCAGAAGUGAAUGAAUUCAUCGCCGCUUCAAGAGCAAUGGGAGAAGAUGAUAUCGAAGAGUUCUACCGGUCUUUCCUCCACCAAUACGCUCUCGUGAACAAUAAUACCAUAACAGAGCAGCUCAUGGAUUCCGAUGAUGAAAUUUCAGAGUUUGUGAACGACACGGAGAAAUCCACUGAGCCGGUCAAAAUGAGCAUCGCAAGCCUGUCCGACAGCACCGGCGUCACAUCCGACCGCUGGAAAGAGCUGCUGUCCCUGUUCGGAGGCUCGAAGCAGCACGCUUCCUACGAGCACGUCACCGCGGACGAACAAGCACUGGCCAUGGUGGCGUACUUGUCGCAGCCUGGCGACAGGCUGAGCAAGCGGCUGGUGCUGGCCUGGCACGUCCUUCGCUACCUGGUCGGACCCAAGGCGGAUGUCCUGGCGGCUCUCAACAGGACACGCGCGAACGAGGAACUCCCGGAGGACAAUGUGGCCGUGCCGACACCAGAGGAUAAGUGCCAGCGCAUGGUAGAAAAAGUGAGUGGUGUGCCGUACAGGGCCCUCGACAUGCUUGAAGGCCAGAACGUCGUGUCCGCUGAGACCAUCUCGGAUGUGACGCGAUUCAUGGCCGAGUUCCAGGACGCAACGGCCUUCAUCUUCAGGGACGGAGCAAAGUUCGGCGACGUCAUGGCAACCACAAGAGCCUCGUCGCCGCAAGGUUCAACGGCCCCCGCAAAGCCACAAGUCGCUUUGUUCCCGAAGUCGGCGGCAGAGGGCUCUGAUCCCGAACACCUCUUCGCAGCGCUCGGGGUUGCCAGGACGAGCACUGCUGGGACGCCAGAGCAGCGAGGGGACGCCGUGACGGCCCGCAGCUUCCCACAGCUCUGGCUGCGACGUCUUCGAGCGUGGCACGCCCUGCCACCGCUGGCUCAGGCACUGCUCCCCGCCAUGGCGUCGGUGGUCAACGUGGACUCGCCGGCGGCCUUUUUCCGGCCUCCUUACUACGACGCCGGGGCCCCGCCGGCGUACAACAUCGCCGCACUCGGACAGGUCAUCGCGCAAGCCAUGGCGCACGAGCUCAUCGAACGGCGGCGCGCCGAUCCAGCUAUCGACGAGCGGUUGCGGCGAUUCUGGGAUGAAGGUGACCACGCGAACGGCAGCAGCAUGUAUUGCCUCUACGCCGGGUACAAUAAGAGUGGCACUUGGCGACAAAGCAGGCUCAACGAAAGUGACAUCAACAACAGGGUGCGCCUUCACGACGUCCUAGGCUCCAGGAUAGCCUACCUGGUGUUCCAGAGAGCUCGGCACUCCAAGGCUACCGUGAGCGGCCAGACGAGGGCGCUGCCGGGCGUGCGGCUCUCCAGCAAGCAGCUUUUUUUCGUCAUGCAUUGCGCGCUGAGCUGUGCCAUGGGCGGUGACCACGGUCCAGCCAUCAGUCCGGCUGACCAGAGAUGUAUGGUCGUGUACAGGACGCGAAAACGCUUCAUCGACACCCCCUGCGGUCAGGCCUCCAGCAAGAGUAUUCCCAACGAAUGCCGCUACUUAUAAGCCGCUAUUAAAGACCAUGAUGUACAUGC